AAGAUCAGCCCCAGGCCGGUGUGCAGCCCGUUGACCUGGGCGCGCGGGGCCAUCGCUGGGAACCCCCUCCCUUUCCCCGCGCCGCCUCCGGUGCAAGUGACAACGCGCCCUCCAGGCUCGGGAGCGGCGCUGAACAAUCCCGGGUAGGGCUCGCCUCGCUGGUGACAUCACUCCCGAAGAUACUCCCCACUCUCAGCGCCUGCCUUCGCGAGGCGUCCGUCCGUUUGUCGGUUUCCUUCCGUCCGCUGCUGGAGAGGGCUCAUUGCUGGCGGGGACAGAGCCGGGCACCGAGGAGCGACAGGACCUGGAGGAAGAGGGAGAGCUAAAGCAACGAGGAAAGGAGGACCCCGGCAGGCGACAAGCAUGAAAUUCAGUCCAGCGCACUACUUGCUGCCUCUCCUGCCGGCUCUGGUCCUCAGCACCAGACAGGACUAUGAAGAGCUGGAAAAGCAGCUGAAGCAGGUCUUUAAGGAGCGAAGCACCAUCCUCCAUCAGCUGACAAAGACAUCAAGAGAACUUGAUGGAAUUAAAGUCAACCUUCAGAAUUUGAAAAAUGAUGAGAAAUCUGCAAAAACAGAUGUUCAGAAGCUUCUGGAAAUAGGUCAGAAACAAAGAGAACAAAUGAAGUCUCUCCAGGAGGCCCUGGAAAAUCAACUUAAAGAGACUACUGAGAAAGCAGAAAAACAACAGGCUACUAUUGCUUUUUUAAAGACUGAAAUGGAAAGAAAGAACAAAAUGAUCCGAGAUCUUCAGAAUGAGAAUAAAAGCUUGAAACACAAACUCUUGUCAGGAAACAAGCUAUGUGGCAUGCAUGCAGAAGAGUCAAAAAAAGUCCAAGCCCAGCUUAAGGAGCUUCGUUAUGGGAAGAAGGAUUUAUUAUUUAAGGCCCAACAGCUUACUGAUCUGGAACGAAAAUUAUCUGUGGCCAAAAAUGAGCUGGAAAAAGCAGCUCUUGACCGGGAGUCACAGCUGAAGGCAAUGAAAGAGACUGUACAACUCUGCCUCUCAACGGUUUUCCGUGAUCAGCCUCCUCCCCCUUUGAAUUUCUUCAAGCCAAAUCCAACUCAGAAGUCCAUUCCAUUCAAACCAAUUCAAACUACAAUUGCAGAAACAAGGACAGAAAGCAAGAUUCUACAGCUCACUCCUGAAAACAGUGAGAAAUCUCAACUUGAGACUACAAAGGAAGAAAAUCAGAGUACCCCUGAGUGUGAUACCCAAACUCUUUUACAGGAGAGCACCACGUGCCCAACGAAGCAGGAAGAAAUGACCACAAGCAAUGACACUAAAGAAUCAGAACCUGUCCUACAGGAUGUGCCAGUGCCUCCUUGUAAUGAAUGUGAAGAAGAAAAAAAUCCAGAACAAUUGACCCCCACUGAUGGGAAGGCAACUAGAGAAAAACUACUGUAAAUACCAAGAAACUGUGUUAAAAAACAUCCCUUUGCUAUUGUCUUCAUACUCUUUUUAGACCCCAAGCUUGAUGGAAAUACUAAGUUUUUAAAGCAUGCAACUUUUUCACAGUUUUAUGUAACUUUAUAAAGUAGUCUACCACUUUUCCAAAAGAUUCCAGGCCAAUUAUGAUCCUUAAGCAAUAACCUAAUUAAAAUGGAUAUCCACAGUCAUACAUAGUCAUUGUCAUCAAUAAAUUGCCCAAUAUAAACUGGUCUUUUUUGAACUCAAGUGCAGUAUAACAUUAAAUUCUUCUGGUUCAUUUGGGUAUCCAGUACUUCGAUGAUCUAGUUUUUGAAAUCAACUGAAGAAUGAUUAAAUGUUGUGAAUCCUCAGCAUUCUUAGAAUCCAAAUUGAAACCAUAUCAUGGAGAGUUUGUUUCAUGCCGGUUAAAUGGGAGUUGCUUUGGUUGAGGUUGGAAUCUGUGCUGACCCAAAUAUAUUAUUUAUAUAAGGGCAUUCAUUGCUAUUCUCAUUAUUAUUAUUAUUCAGAACCAUGUUUAAAUAUAACAUCAAGGAAAACUGUCAGGGAUUUAGUCAGUAUAACAGAAUUCAUUAAAUAGGUUUUGUAUGAUGUAGACAAAAUAUCAAGGAUGAAUGACUAAGUUCCUGACAAAAUUUAUUAGAUUUUUUGGCAUUCUAUAGACACACCCCUAUGGUUGUCCACUGGAAUUACUCCAAAUUAGAAUUCAAGCUGUUUAAUACUCAGUGUGAUUUUUGAUAUGAAAUUGGGUAACAGAAUGCGGAAUGGAAAGAAGGUCUAAAAUACAAAAUGAAAGCAGAAAAUAUACAUUUUAAAAUGGGGAUUUGAUGAGAGUAAAACAGCCAGAAAUGAAUCCCAAUUUGUAUAUUUUGAAAACAAAUGCAUAUUAUUAAAACAAAUCAAUGGCUGUGAGAUUUCUGAAUAAGAAUACUGCUGAUCAAAUAAAAUUCAUUCUCAAAUACUGUGAACCUACCCUGCAAGCAGGAGGAAUUGACACUGAUUGAUGAGAUGGAUAUAGCAUUAAACUUGCAGGCUAAAAUCAAUGGCUUAAAUGAUGCAGUUAGAAUGGUCUGCCCCAAACAAUAUUCACUUCUGAUGGUUAGAUCUGUUUUGCAAAAAAAGCAUAUUAAACCCUUGGUCUUAUAGAAUGGAUGUGCCAGGCCACAAUUAUUACAUUUGGAACACAGUAUCCUGGCAGCCUGUGCUUUAUAUUUCACUAUAGUGAAACUUGUAAUCAGUAGAUGAACUUAAAUUCUGAGGUAGAACGGUACCACUUUGAUCACAUUGACAUAGUUGAAGAAAAUUAGUGAUCUGGAGAAAUGUCAAACUAUCAUUAAAAGUAAAAGUAAAACUCUGAUACUUUCAUGUAGCAGUUGUAAUUGCUGAGUAAUUCAGUGACAUUCAUGAGUGUUUUUCAUAUUACACGCUACCUAAGAAAGAAAGAUAACUAGUUUUACAGAUGAUUUAUAUAAUGUUUUCAGGUGAAAUAUCCAGGACAGGAGAAAAUAGCAGGGUCUGAAGUUCCUGCUGACACCUUCUCAGUUCUAGAAAUCAUUUAAUCUAUGAGAUGGAAUAUUGCUCGUUUCCCAAGUCCUAUUCCUUGUAAUUUCCCUACUGUGCCUAGAAACCCUUACCGUCUCUAAAGAUUUUUGAAAGGGAAGUAGAUAAUUUUAGUUUUAAUUUAGGUUUACUUUCCUACCACCACCCAUGGCUCUAACUUCCCUCCUAGAGUGUAUGAAUCCUAUGGAAAGUUAAUUAUCAUUUCACCUCAGCAAAGUAUGUUUUAAGGAAUCUUUGGAAAUAAUAAGGAAUCUUCAGGCUGAUGUCUGAAAUUUUUAUAGGUAACAAGAUAAUUUGGCUUGCUAUUAAUCAAAUUUGAACAGCUUCACAUGUAAAUUAUUUUUCUAUGCUCUAAAUUCCUAUUCUACUACAUGAAAUAUAAUCAGUUUGCUCCUCAAUUACUGGUGUGAUCAAAUGGGCUUUGAGUAUAAUGUAUCCACUUUUUAUCUUUAACGAUAGAUAGCAUUAUGCAUCCUGCAGAGUUUAUUGAAGUAUAUUGAUUGCAUUGUUUGUUUAAAAACAAAAGGAAUUUGCAGUAGAAGAGCUUUAUGCAUAUUUUAAGAAAUAUUCUGGGAGUUACUUUUAACAGUUAAUUACAGGAUUUUUAAAUGUACUAUGACGACAUAGACAUGCUAAAAAAUGAAUGCAUACUAAUAAAAUGAAUACAUUUUAUUUAUUUCUCUCAAUCCUUUAAUUGUUUUAAAAUAGCAUCGAAGAGGUUUAAAAUGUGUUACAUGUGUGGCUUUUGCCCAUAAGAGAGGUGCCGUCUCCUAUUAUUUCUUUAAUUUGCAUCUAUCUAAAUAGUUACUGUUUUUGAGGAAUUAACAUUCAUAGCCCAACUAUUCUCAUAUGAGAAAAAAAUAACCAAAAUGUUGAUUAUAGAUAGUACCAUUAUGUUAGGUACUUGUGAUGGUAAGAAGUGAAUAAUUACUUAUAUUUUUCCGUAGUAUGAAUUGAUUCCUAUUGAGAAACAAAUAUACUUUCCAAUGGGAUAACAUUUUAAUUCAGGUACUACCAGAACUAACCAUUUAUUUCUCUCUAGUUAUUUAAAAAUACUAAUCAGUGCUAUAUAUUCAUUCUAAGGUGGGAAUUGGUUUUGGACUUUGUGUUUCCUUUUAUAUGCAUUAACUCUAUAAAUUAAACUAGUGCCUAAAAUGUGUAAGACCGAAAUGAAAGCUGACUAUAUCUAUCCCAUGCCAACUUUCUCAGAUGAAAAGUGAAAAAUUAACUUCUCUGUGAUCUCAAAUCUCUGAACACUGAAUAUAUUCCAUGGCUAUUUUUUUUUCCUUCUUUAGUCACAUAUUUAGCAUUGAAGUGCUAUUUGAGAGACAUUUCUGCUUAUAAAGUGGACUGGAUUAGAAGUCUAAGUUAUAUGUGAAGGAGACAUUUACUGUUUUAGACUGACAGUGUGAAUAGCUGGAUUAAAACAAUAUUUGUGAACUCUGCUAUAAUGGUUUUAUUUUUGUAGUUCAGUUACUGUAAUUAGCACUACUUACAGCAGAGACUGAAAUUAUUAUUGAAAUCAGAGAGUAUGGUAAGCUGGUCAGAAUUAGUAAUGAAAACAUAUUUGUUGACUUCUUAGACAUCUUAGUCUUGUGUACAGUCUUAAAUUUCCCCAAACUAUUUGUUCAUCUGGAUUAUGUUAUAGAAUAUUGAUGGUCAAGUGGUGAAGAAUAAAAGGUACUAAAAAGCG